AUGGAUGACAAAACACUUGAGAAUUACGUUGAAUAUUUGAAAAAAUUGUUCUUACGUCCUAUUAUCAAGAAAUCCUUGAGUGGCGAAGAUGAUGAUACUAAUGUUGGUGAUAUUGAAAGAUAUCGACAAUGGUGUAUAAAUCAUCUAUACACACUUUUAAAAGAUCCAAGAGUGAAACGUAGCGAUGGAUGGAUACAAUUAAUUUUAGAUAUUUUUAUAGAAUAUGGGUUUUUUACAUCCAAGAACGAUGCGCAUCAUUCUCGCACAAAAAAGUUUUUUCCACUACAAGGAAAUGAUGCCGAAGAUGAGAAAAUGGAAAGGUUUGAUGAGAAAUUGUCUGAAAUUUUUAAAACAAAAAAGAAAGAACUAGCAAAGAAAAUUG